UUUCUUUCUUUCUUUGUAGAAAAGAUGAUUGAGGACUUCAACCUGAGCAGGAGAGGCGAGCUUUCCGCGAUCUCAAACCCACACGGAUUACACUACACAGGAUUCAUCUGAUUUCCCCCUCGGGAUUUGGAUUAUAUCUUCAGUUUUGUUAGUAAUGGAGGGUCGUGAUUUCUCUGCUCCGGCGCACCUCCUCUCGGAGCGGGCCACGCUCGUCCACCGCGCCGCCUCACGCGUCUCCUCCUCCGGCCACGGGGCUGUGCAACACCCGCCGCAUUUCCCACCCGGGAAAUAUUACCCUUCACACUUACCCAUGGCGGCGCAUUCAGGCAGUGGACUCAUGGGCAACUCCUCGGCCUCAUUCAUGGGGACGUUCCUGGCCAGCAGUCUCGGCUCCCCUCCCUCACACCCCCCACACCCCUCCAGACCUCCGUCUUCUCCCGCCUCUCCUUCUUAUCGCGGGGGUCCUCACUCCAGCGCCUCGCAGAUCUGGUUCCCCCACUCGCAUGAAGCAGUCCCAGGAUAUCCUCGCUUCUCAGGGAGUCUAGCCCACACCUUUCUUCCCAUAAGCCAUUUGGAUCACCAUGCCAACAGCGGGGUCCUCUAUGGACAGCACCGUUUUUAUGAUACACAAAAAGAGAACUUCUAUUUACGAAGCCUCCCGUCCCAGCCCCCACUCAUAUCAGCCAAUCACAACAUCCAGCCAAUGUCAAGGGCAGGAUCAGGACAACCCCAGGGCUCCUGCAGCAGGGACAGGGAUGCAGGGAGUGGGGUGAUCCUACACAAGGGCCUUAAAGAGCCUAGCUUAGACAGAGGUGUGGUUUCAGCUGCAAAGGAUAAAGACAGGUCUAGUAGUAAACAUGAUUCUAAAGACCGCCAUCACCACCAACUACCCCAUCAUCACUCCCAUCAACCCCAGCUCCACCCACAACAUCCAGUCACUAUGGAAGAGAUGAAUGCCAGGGGACACAAAGCCACUCUACCUAUGGAAUACAAGGAGCAUCCACAAAGCAUGGGAAAGCCUCUUAGUGCCUGUCUACUCAAUGGAAAGAUGCAAAAUGGGGACCAUGGGACUGGGGCAAAGGGCUCCAUGACUUCUUGCAUUGGGGAUGGGGUGGGUAGAGGUAAUGUAGGGUCCAAUAAUGUCCAAAACAGACAUUUGGGUGGUGGCACUAACGGGCGCUGUGGUAAAGAGGCAAUAAGUGGGGAGAUGCGGAUCAGCGAACAGACUCCCACGGACUGUCUUGAGCGAGGUCAAACACUGCACCAUUCUUUGUCCUACUCGGUGCCUCCUCCGCUACCCAUGGGUUCAGCUGCUGGAGGGGGGCAUCCCGGUGGUUUCCAUUGUCUACAGCUCCAUCCUGGCCAUCCCCAUCAUGCACACCACAACCGCCACUCACACCAUCACCCUGACUUUUUCUGUCCUCCACCGCCAGCCCCCAUGGGAAAUACUUCCUUACAUGAUAAAGGGAUCAAUAGUGGUGGUUGCAGAGAUCCCAAAGUGACUGGAGCCACGUUUGUACCAUCUGUUAGCCACCUCGGGGAGAAAAACGGAGGCCCCUUCCAGAUGGGCGGCUCCGAGUGCCAGGGGGUUGGCGGCGGAGGGAACGGUGUCAAGGACAAGGCAAUGGAAAAGGCUGGCAAUGGGGGGCAUCAUGGUAACUGGCCGAGGAAACAACAGCAACAACCUCCAACCCAGCAACAGCAUUCUUACAGAAAAGCUGAAAAAGCCCCUGACUGGAUGCAUAACCACAAUCACCACCAUCAUCUACAGCAGCAGCAACAGCAACAGCAACAACAACAACAGCAGCAGAGCCAUUCCCAGCAACACCAGACUGUGCGCUCCCGCAGUGCUGACUGCAUCAACAGUAUGGAAACGGACAUCUACAGAUCGGCACUGACUCAAGAGACAAAGGCUGUCCAUCCUUUACCCAAUCAAUCCAACACCAGUUCCCAGCCCUACAGGGAUUGCUCACACUCGGGGCCCCCAAACAUUCCCUCACCUCUUGCUGGGAAGAACAUGGCCCAGCACAUGGGUGGUGGAGGAGGACAUGGAAGCUGCUCCAUGCAUCGAGAUGGACAGAAAGUUGCCCGCAUUCGUCACCAACAGCACAGUAGGGCUGGUCCGGAUACCCCUGGCGCAGACAUGGCCCAGGCUAAUGGAAACCAGGAGAUGAAGCAGAAAAUGGAAAUGCCUUACGGCUACAACAACAGUGCACACCAUCACCCACAUCAGCAGCCAUCAGUGCUGCAUUGGGACAUGCAACCUCAUCAUAUCCACUCUGAAGAGAACCAACACAAAGCGUACAUGGAGCCUAACAGUGGAGCUACCAACAACAGACCGCCUACACAACAGCAGCACCAGACGGCAGGAAUGGGCCCCCCUCCUCCUCCGCCGGUUCAUCCAGCUCCUCCUCAAAACCAGCAGGAGGUCGCAAGCUCACAGGGAGAGACUAGUGCUAUGAAGAACCUUCUGAAGUACAGCAACCAGCAGCCUCUCCUACUGUCCCAGAAGAGCCCGUUUGGAGGGCUCGGGAGCCUCAAAACUGGGCCAAAUGGCACCAGUUGCUCUCUUCAAGGAGGCAAGCAGACCUUACCCUCGAGGAAAGCCCAAAGCCAUGAAAACGAGCGAGCUGAUUGCGGAGGACGUGGGCGAGAGAUAGGAGAAGCCCCACAUGUUGAGGCCGAGGUGCGACAGCCUCCGGUUGGGAUUGCAGUUGCUGUUGCAAGACAGAGAGACCCCCCAUGCCAAGCAUCGGGCACCCAUCCCAGCGCUCGACAGGGGCGGGUCCACUCCAACAUGAAAGGCACUCCACGCUCCAUGUAUCCUUCAGAUUCACCAGGAGAGGAGGAGAGGAAAAGGACAAGUGUAGAGCACAUGGGCCACCGCUGCCUAGAGAGAGAACGAGACGUGUUUAUCAGGGAUAACAAGGAAAGAGUGGAAUUUGCACACAUCCAUCCCUCUAACAGUUGCCAUGGGGACCUCACUUCUCAUAUCAUGGUGCCAGGUGGCACUUCAAUGCAGUCAAGCCAGUUAGGAGACCCGGCUGCGCACACACACUCUGCGCACCACCACUGGAUGCCACGCACAGGCAGUCCCUCCCUCUGGAUGACCGGUCACUCCUAUGGUAUUGGCCACACAGCUCUCCAUCAGAAUCUCCCCCCUGGGUUUUCGGCGGCCAUGCCUGCCCCACUUCAGCCGGUCCUGCCCCUGCCCCAGGACCCCUCCGCCCAACUGGUGGUGCUGCCCAGUGAGCCUGCCACACACCCAGCCUCACAUCUCGAUGUGAUGGAGCAGUCUGGCCUGUGGCCUCCAGUCUACAGGGCCCGAGGGGCCCAUUCCCACAUGCAGCAUCCCGCUGUGUAUCCUCGCUCGCAGUUUCUACGCCAACAGGAGCUUUACGCUCUCCAGCAACACCAGCAGCUUCAGCAUCAGCAACACCCGAGCCAUCACACGCCACCACCUCCAUCACACAGAGCUGCAAACACCACAGAGCUACAGCACAGAGCCAGAGUCGACCACAGCCAGGUGCAAAAGAAACCAGAAGAGCAGAGCAUGGAUCUAGAAGACAUCCUAUCAGAUCCAAGGACUCCCAAACCUGCUAAAUGCUAUUCCUACGGCCCGUCCAACCGGGCUUCCUCUCCUCCCAGGGGGUCCACUGCACACCUGUCCCCCUGCUGCCGGUCCCCUUGUAUGCGACCUCACCCUAAAAGCACCCCCUCUACUCCCUGUCCCGCCCCGAGUCCGGUCGCUGUGACGCCGCGCUCCCCGGCCAUCAGCCCUUCCCCAUCACAGCUGCCCAAAGCUGUGGAGUCCCAGGAGAAGAGGGCGGAAGGCCAGCCGCCUCAGGACUAUCCUCAGUCCAUGGAGCCUGAUUUGCCACCUGGAUAUACCUAUCCAGAAAUCACCAUGGGAUACAGGAACGGCCCCAGCGCUCAAGAUGUACAGCUCGCAGAGCCCGCGGAUCUCGAGGACGUUCAGACUAGACCCGUUGAACACACUCCUCCAGCUCUUUCCAGCUUGGGAGAGGGCCUAGACUGCCAUGCAAUGGUGAGGCCUCUCCAAGAGCCAACGAUGCAAGUCGACGCCACACGCCCGGCCGAGGACCAGCCCGAGGGUGUGUUUGAGCAAGGGGACGAUGUAGAGACGAGAUGCUGUGAACCCAUACAGGCUAGUCAGGAAAAGGAGUGCGUCGAGAUCAUUUGCACACCUGUUGAAGCUUCAGACUGUGAAGUAGGACCUACCCUGUUAUCCGAGGAGGAAAUCCGUCAAGAAGAGCCAACUGUUACCUUUGAGGAAGGAGUGGGUGAAGAUAUUCUUCAAUCUUCCAGUCUAGAGACACUAAAGGAACAGGAACCAUUACCACAACAACCAUGUGUCUCUGAUUGUUCACCAAACGCCAUCGCCCAAGCAGAGGUUCCAGUGGUUGAUGAGGAAAAUCACAAGGAAAUCUGUGCGACCGUUGAGUCUCCAACUUGCUCCCAGAGUCCCACGUCGAGUUACUGGAGUCUGGAGCUCCUGAUUGCGGCCGCUUUCUGUGGAGACUGUCCUCCUCCCUCUCCUCCCGUCUCCUACCAAUCCCCGGGAUCCUGCGUCCCGCUGAACUCCUCCUGUCACGGCAUGGAGCUGCUCAGUGAGCUGGCGGAUCUCGAACUGCAGCGCUAUCGCCAGAGCUGCAGUAAAACUCCAGGAGAAGAUCAGUGGAUUUUCGACCUGCAGAGUCUGGCCACGCUGGCAGCCGCUCGUGCUCUUGAGUUGGGCUCUCAGGACGGUGGCGCCACAGAUGUGGAGAUGCAGUUUCCGGCUAGAAGAUCUCUCAACUUGCGCAGAAAAUGCAGCUGGACACCUCGCCAUGAGCCGGUGUGUCCAGUGAAGGGUGUGGACAGUAUGGAUGGGCAGGAGUUGGAGAUGCGUGUGAGGCUGGCAGAGCUGCAACAGCGCUACAAAGAGAAGCAGAAAGAGCUGGCCAAACUCCAGAGAAAGCAUGACCACCAGAAAGAGGAGACUCCUCGCAGCCCAGCACGUCGCGGCCCUGGUCGACCACGCAAACGUAAAUCGGUCCCUGGUCUUGGCUCCGGGACCCUCACCGAACCUCAGAAACGAGUGAAGUUGGUGGGGGCGGGGCUAAGUCCACUAGCAGAGGAGCAUCGGGGAGCUGGAGAGUCUCAGAAGAAGAAGAAAAAACUGUCCAAUCGAGGGUUUGGCCGUCUCAGCUCUUCACAGAUGAAGUCACAGUGUUAUAGGAAGAAUGAUCAACAGAUAACUCACCUCAAGCAGAAGGCGUCGGGUGGACGACACACACCUGGAGCUGCUUCCAGGGACCCCGAGUUUUCCUUGUCCUCUAAGAGCCUGUACACAGGCCUCAGCAACUCUAAGAGGGAUUCCUCACAGCUCAGCGGAGCCAACGAGUCCGAGAGCCUGAGCGAUACAGCCACGAGUGGGGACAGCGGGACACAGGAGUGCUGGAAGAGGCACGAGCCAGUGGCGGUGAAAAGGGAAAGGAAGAAAAGUCCCGGAUCAGCAGCUUGUUUGCCAGGGUCCAGGAUCCCGCAGGCCAGGGGCCCCGGAGUGGACGAGGACGGAGAGACGUCUCCUCUGGAGAGCGAGUCCUCUGAGCAAGAGGAAGAUGAAGAGGAAGGCAGUUACGCCAGCGAGGAGGGACGCGAGAUCAAGGUCUCGGCGCUGAGGGAUCUCUCGGUCACCGGCCCGUCCCCUUUCUCUGUGGUCAAACUGGAGGCCAAUCAGAAGGCGAAGAUUAAGCGGGAACGACAAGAACUUUAUGGAUCUCAGUUUCGUGGCGUAACAGAAGGGGACGUGAAGGUGAAGCGACGGACCCCCUGUAGACCCGUGCCCGUCCCCAAGCCUCUCGGGGUCAGAAGGAGGCCAGGCCGGCCCAGACUGCAGGACAAGCACUGGCCGGGUCACUACAGGAAGACCAGCAGCCUCCUCUCGUUCCCCAGCAGCGGCAGCGAGAGGCUGAAGAGAGCCACGAGGAAGAGCUCCAUGCUCAGAGCCACGAGGAGAAGUUACGCGUCGGCCGAGGCCCAGUCUGCAGACAGCGACGAUAACAGCGGCACUCGCAGAACCAGGCUCCGAGAGUCGAAGGGUCGAGCGGUCAGCCGUCUGAUGGAGAGUUUCGCAGCGGACGAGGGCUUCCACCUGGGGGAGGACAGCAGCUUCUCGGAGGAGGAUGAGGAGGGAAACGACUCGUCAAAUGGCAGAUUUGCUCCAGCUCCUCCAAACUGUGUCCUGACCAAAGAGCUUCUGACCGUCGGACUCAAGGUCCUGAUCAGCAAAGAAGACGAGCUUCUGUACGCCGCCCGUGUGCAGCCUCUGGAUUCGCCCGAUGUCUACAGUAUUGUUAUCGACAGGGAGCGAGGAAACCGACCCAGAAUCUACUCCCUGGAGCAGCUCUUGCAGGAAGCCGUACUGGACGUACGCCCUGACACCGAGACUGUGCUGACAGAAGGGACUAGAGUGUGUGCUUACUGGAGUGAGCGCUCGCGAUGUCUUUACCCGGGAUAUGUGCGAAGGGGUGGCGAUGAAGGUAAACCCGGUGGGGUUAUGGUGGAGUUUGAUGAUGGAGACAGAGGAUGGAUCUCUCUCUCUAAUAUUCGCUUUCUUCCUCCCGGAUAUCAAAUCCAAAGCACUGAGUCGAGUCCUGUGCUUGUCCCUGAGGGACGGCUUGACAAAAAUAUCUCCAUGGCAAGAACAGACAGAUUCAAAGCUCAGGAUAAGCCAGUCAGAAGACCAGGGAGGCCUAAAGGUUCAGGGCUAAAGAAGUCUUUCUCGGACAGUGUAACCAAGAGCUCAACAUCUGCUAUUUCAUGGCCAUCAAUGGCUGCACCCAGAAAGAGAAUGCCUGUUAACAUUUUCCAGCUCAACGGCUCCUCUUCGAAGAAGGCCUUGAAAGGCAGGGUGAUGGAAACGUCCUCCCGACCUUCGUUAUCCAUGAUGACCCCGGCCAAAGGCCUCUUUAGCAGUAGCUCUUUCGAGGUAGACUCCUUCAGCAGCAUAGCUAACGGUCAUUCAUCCUUUGGUAGUCAGAUAUCCGGGAUUUCACUAGAGGGCAGGAACACCUCUUAUGGUCAAAAGAAGAGGACUGAGGAGACAGCACCACCUCGGGGCAAGAAAGCAGAGUUUCUAGUCAAAUUGGACCAUGAGGGAGUAACAUCUCCAAAGACCAAGAACGGUAAGGCUCUCCUGUUGUUGGGAGCCUCAGGAUUUGGCUCCAAUGGGGUAGGUGGUCUUCCCAGGGCAGAGGCGUAUUCACACCCAGUUCUGCUGGUCAAAGACAAUAGGAAAGGUGACGGCUCACGAGCCGAGCUCCUGUUGAAAGGGACAUCAGUCCAGAGGAAGCCCUCGUCAUCAAUACCCAUUGAGUAUGGAGACUUGAACAUUGGCUGCCACAGAGACUGCCAAAGCUCCUACUCGGACAUGGAUGAGGAAGAAGAAGAUGUGAAGACGAGCGCAGGACUUGCUUCUGCCUCUGGUGGUUUGAGAACAGCUGGCCAAUUUCUCUCACGCAUCUCCGUGUCCUCGUCUUCCUCGGGAUCCUCCAGCUCCUCCAGCUCGGGCUCUCUUUCGAGCUCCAGUCUGUGCUCUUCUGAAAACGACUCUUCUUACAGCUCGGAGGAUGAGGAAAGCUCAACGUUGCUCCUCCAGAGUUGCCUGACCCCCCAUCAUUCAUUGCUCCAGACCCCUGAACCCCCUGUGGGACCUGUACGACACUCCUUUGUGGCCAAAGCUGUGGCCGUGCCCACUGCCAAAGAAGGGCAUAGCAACCACAGUGCUAGCUGCAAGCCACCGAAGAGGAAAGACUGUCCCAGUUCACACUCGAAAACCUCCAAAGAUCUGGUUAAGAGGCAACGGCUUCUAGCAGAGCAGAUCAAGCCCAGAGUGUCACCAAUCCUGCCACCUAGACAGCUGUGGAGGUGGUCAGGAAACCCCACACAACGGCGUGGACGCAAGGGAAAGGCGCGGAAGCUUUUCUACAAGGCCAUAGUGCGAGGCAAGGACGUGGUUCGGGUCGGAGACUGUGCUGUGUUUCUUUCCACCGGCCAGCCUCAUCUGCCGUUGAUCGGCUGCAUCGAGAGUUUCUGGGAGUCGUGGCAGAACAGCAUGGUCGUGAAGGUCAAGUGGUUCUAUCACCCUGAAGAGACCAAGCUAGACAAGAGACAUCGUGAUGGCAAACAUGCCUUGUACCAGUCCUGCCAUGAGGAUGAGAACGACGUCCAGACAAUCUCUCAUAAGUGCCAGGUGGUCACACGCGAGGAGUACGAGCGAUUGACCCGCAACAGGAGGCCCGAUGGGAGCUUUCACGACCUGUACUACCUGGCCGGCACCUACGACCCCACCAGUGGACAACUGCUCACUGCAAACGGCAUGUCCCUACUCUGUUAGCACUGGACUUCGGGAUACUACUGAGUUUCUUUGGGCCAAAGUCAGAGAUGCAUUGGAAAUAAGAAGCUGGCCUGCACUGGAUGCUCUGACAGAGGACCUGGAGGUAUACCCAUAAACUUUGGGAAGAUAUCGAGUUGAUGGUCCUAAUUCUCUUCGGGGAGGUCAUCUAAUGGAUCUGAUUUUAAAUGAACCGUUCGUUUAUCUGAUCUUAGAUCACCAAAGCAAAACUCUUGGUUUGGAGAACAUGGCGGAUGACUAUGAAGCCUUGAGUUGUAGGCCGUGGCGUUGUGUUGGGCACGUCACUUUCAUAAUUCCAGGGAUAUUUAAGUAUAUAUAAGUAUAAAUAUAUGAAUUUCAUUUAUGUAUAUAUAUAUAUAUUUAGGGACUUAUCUCCUAUCAAGCCAUACACUUCAGUACCUCUUAACAUGUCUUUUUAUUCAGGUGUAUAUUAUACAGGACAGGUUGCUUGUGUUUUUGUGCGUGUGUGUGUUUUUGUUGUUGUCUAUAUGUAAAUAUUCAAAGCUAUUUUAUAUAAGUGUAAUGUACAGAGGCUUAUCUUGCCAGGUUUCGAUUGAUUUAUUUUUGUAUAAGUGGACGAUAUAGUCGUUGUGAGAGGGUGAACUGAUGUUGUAUGCAUUGCACUGCACACGGCCUGCUGAUACAGUGAGAGAGGAACCGUCCCGGCCCCGUCUCCUCUUUCAGAUGGUGGCACAUGAUGGGACGCCAUCCUUUUAUCGGCUGCACUUUGGGCAUUUGUUCCUCUAAUGUCUUACUCCGAUUUGUUGUUGCUUAUGUUUGCCGACUCAACACUUUAAUGCGAAAACAAAGGGAAACAAAGUUUUGACACUUUAAAAUUAGUAAUUUGAUAGGAGUGAUUGAAUUUAAUCUGUGUUCGAGUCUACAAAUAAGGAAAGGAAAAACGGUGAAUCUCAUAAAGAAACUUCCAGGCCACAAUUCACUUCAAAAUCAUGAAGAAAUGUGCUUUGCGUAAUGAACACUGAUUUUAGGACCAUUUAAAUCUGAUUCAUAGUGACAUUCAGCUCUUAUUGCUGUAAUGUGGGAAAAUUGUUAUUCCCAUAACCAUAAUACUUUAAUGAAAAUCAUGAGGUCUGCCUGGACACCACGAUUUGUUUGCUCUUUAAUCGAAUUUGUGAGAUUCACCUAAGAAGAACCUGAAUAACUAUUCCGACAUGUGUUAUUACUGUAUCUGAUGCAUUUCUUUAGUUUUCAAAUGCAUCCUGCACUGUAUUUACAUAUUUCUUUGCUCAUUUUUUUGUUUUAUUUUAAUUUAGUGCCCAUCAAGCGGGGUAUUUCUGCUAGUCCUAGUGGUGAAAUCCACCUGAUUCUUUACCCUAAUAUCCCAGGGUCAGGGCACUAAAAGCAAGGGAUUGUCGGAGCUCAGACUUUGUUGUCCAGUCAGUCUCAUUCUUCACUGUGAGGGACAAUCGCAUUCAUGCAUGAAGGAGCAUCCACUGUUUAGAAAGGCUCACACAAUCACAGCGUUCUUGUUUUGUGCCAAAUAUGGUCAUUUCUGAAUAUGCAAUCUUCACUGUAUUGUUCAAGUAUUAUGUAUGUACGUUUUUAUCAUUAGUGUUUAUUUAUUGGCAGUGUUACUGUUUCAUUACAAAACCAAUGGAUGAUGAUGAUGAUGAUGAAAAUGUCUUAUAUGCUGGGAUCUAUAUGACCCAGAAGUGUGGCACUAAAUGUGUUACAGUCAGUCCUUCACCUCUUGCCACCCCAUUAACAACUGCCCCGGCCCUGCAGGGGAAGUGACGCCGCUCACUGACCCCUCGCUUCCUGACCGUUUACCCCAUCCGUUUAGAUUUACAAAAUGAACCAGCAGAAAGUCCUCACGGUCACGUUUGGCCUUGUCGUUUGUUUAUUGCAGAGAGCCUUGAAGGAAAGCAUGUGGCUAUGUUCAGAAUAGCUCUUACUGCUGAAGUGUGUGUACUGAUCACAGAAUGCAUAUUUUCACUAGGGAUGCACCAAUAUGACAUUUCGGCCGAUACCGAUAACCGAUAAUUAGUUAACCGAUAUAUCGGCCGAUAAUCUAAAUUCAAAUUUUUAUAGAAAUUUUGAGAGCCUGAUUACAAAAACAAAAAUCUCACCAUCAAAAGCCACGUCCCAAACACACAAUUAUAACGUCCUUAUUUAAAUUUGAUGUAGCUUUAAUGAUAGACAAGCGCUGGAUAUGUUGCACUGAACCGUAUUUUCAUUUUUUAAGUGAUUCAUAUUUCAAGCAAUCUGACAAGAGUCUCAGCUGAAAUAAAUAAUCCAUUAUUUGUCCACUUUAAUAUAUUGGCCAAAUUUUCUUAUCGGGCCAAUAACAUAAAAUUACCAUAUAUCGUCCGAUACCGAUGACCUACAGAAGUACAUUUGCCAAAAUGUGCAGUAGACAACACAUGUAUCCCACAAUGCAAAGCGCUUAACUUUUAUUUCCAGUCAUGUCUGAACCAGAGGAACGAAUGUGAUCAGAAAACCAAAUGUAAUUUGGAUUUUUAUUGUCAAGAUGAUAAAUUGCUGCAUUAAAGGCAGGGUAGGCGACUUGUGACUUGUUACAGCAUAGACUGUAAAAAAAAAAUGUACCCCGGGUGCGUUCUAUUAUAGCCAACGAACCGACUCGGACUUCGGAUUUGACGUCACGUCCACACUUCAAGCGUUCUAUUAUGUUUUGCUUGUACGAGUCGGAGAAAGCUGUUGUAAUGGUAGCACUGGCCGAGUACCAGGCACUUACAUUUAAAUAAAAAUAUGACUACACCUUAUCAAAAC